AUGACUUCUGUUCCCACAGCUGACUGGAACGUGAGCAUGAGCAGCAGGUGGAACAUGAGCCUUGCUGCAGCGGGUGAACCCUGGGGACAGGUGCUGGAAGCAGCAGCUGGAAACACUACUGCCCCUGUAGCAUCCUCAGCAGCCAACUUCUCCAAUCAGUUUGUGCAGCCCUCUUGGCGCAUUGCCCUCUGGUCUCUGGCUUAUGGUGGUGUGGUGGCAGUGGCCGUUUUUGGAAAUCUCAUAGUCAUAUGGAUUAUCCUGGCUCACAAGCGCAUGAGGACAGUGACCAAUUACUUCCUGGUGAACCUGGCCUUCUCUGAUGCCUCCAUGGCUGCUUUCAAUACACUCAUCAACUUCAUCUACGCACUGCACAGUGAGUGGUACUUUGGAGAGGCUUACUGCCGCUUCCACAACUUCUUCCCAAUUACAGCUGUCUUCGCCAGCAUCUACUCCAUGACAGCAAUAUCUGUGGACAGAUACAUGGCCAUUAUUGAUCCUUUGAAACCUAGGCUCUCUGCAGCUGCUACCAAGGUGGUUAUUGGGAGCAUAUGGAUUCUGGCUUUCCUUUUGGCCUUUCCCCAGUGCCUAUACUCCAUAACCAAGGUGAUGCCUGGAAGAACUCUUUGCUAUGUAGCAUGGCCAGGUGGUCCAAAACAGCAUUUUACGUAUCAUAUCAUUGUGAUUGUUCUGGUCUACUGCUUUCCACUGCUUGUCAUGGGCAUCACUUAUUCCAUAGUGGGAAUUACGCUCUGGGGAGGAGAAAUACCAGGCGACACAUCCAACAAGUAUCAUGAGCAGCUCAAAGCUAAGAGAAAGGUGGUAAAAAUGAUGAUUGUAGUUGUGCUGACAUUUGCCAUCUGCUGGCUGCCCUACCACAUUUAUUUCAUACUUACUGCGAUCUAUCAACAAUUAAAUCGGUGGAAAUACAUUCAGCAAAUCUAUCUGGCCAGCUUUUGGCUUGCCAUGAGCUCUACAAUGUACAACCCCAUUAUCUACUGCUGUCUUAAUAAGAGGUUCCGAGCUGGCUUCAAGCAAGCUUUCCGCUGGUGCCCCUUUGUUGAGGUGUCCAGCUAUGAUGAGCUAGAGCUCAAGGCAGCCAGGUUUCACCCCACGCAGCAGAGCAGCCUAUACGCUAUGUCCAGAAUGGAGUCCAGCAUGACAGUGGUGCUUGACACUAAUGAUGGAGACAACACCCACGCCAGCCAUAAGAAAAGAGCAGCGCAGAGGGACACAAAUUUCAAUGGCUGCUCACAGAGGAAUUCUAAGACUGUCUCCACAGCCUCAAGUCUCAUCAGUUCACUGCACACACCAGUAGAUGAUUAUUCCUAA